AUGGACAGAGGCGAUGAAUGCCAGCAACAGCAACAGGCCACUGCUGCGAGCCUCUCGGCAGCGGCCGUGCGUUCUUUCCUCAUUGGGAAGAUACUUUUGAUCCCAAAAUUGAAGAAGCUCAAGGCGGCAGGCAUGUUCCAGCCCGAGGACCAUGCGAGCAGAGUGAGCCAUCGCACACUUCGAUUUGGUCGCAUUCCCUCCAACGCCUUGAAUUACGGUGGAAUUUAUGGAUCGGGAGUCCUAUUGUUUGAGGGUCACGCUUGGGCUCUCCGAAAGCUACAAGCUGCAGAAGCUGACGAAGAAACGGCCCCGGCCGAGCAAUCCGCAUUGGCAGGAUCGUUUGGGGGGUUCUUGUAUUCUAUUACCGCCACUCCCGUGGUGUCCCUCUUGCGAAUGCCACCGUAUGCCAAUCAGUCCCUGCUGGAAUGGUCCAAGAUGGCAAUCCUCAAACCACUACAAUACACCAUUAUCAGGGACUGUGGCGGCUUUGCCCUCUUCUUUGGCACCUACACUUUCUUACGCUCAAAAUUCAAUGAAUAUCACUCUUCAGCAGACAGCAAACACUUUUGCACACCAUUGGAAGCUACGGACAAAUAUCUACGUGCCCAUGAUGAUUCGGCCAUGGAUGCCCUCACCAAUAUUGGCACGGCAUUGGUAUCGGGGGCGGGAGCAGGAGUCCUUACGUAUCUUUGGCGCAGCCCGUGGGAUACGUUGUACAAGAGAAGCAUGGGAUGGCGCCCAGUGGAUGCUCCACUGCUUUCCACCGCAAGAUUCCUGACAUCGCCUCGUGGACUCAAGGCAGUCGUCAUUUCAGGAACGACCUGGGCUGUCUAUGAAGCUGCUAUUCUCGCCGUCACAUUUCUAGAAAAGAAGGGAUAUCUAGAAUGA